GUGACAGUACCCUGCGUCCUGACCCGGUCUGUCCUGUCUCUCGGCUGUUCUACCUGUCCAUCCUGCAAUGGCACUUGCCGGAGUGAAAGUCAUUGAGCUGGCUGGACUUGCACCUGCUCCGUUCUGCGGCAUGAUUCUGGCAGACUUUGGUGCCAAGGUGAUCCGUGUGGACAGGACCCAGGUUGCAAUGUCAGUUGAUACACAAGCUCGGGGGAAGCGCUCAGUGGCCCUCAACCUGAAGACGGCCGAGGGCGUGGCUGUGCUGAAAAAGCUCUGUCUUGGAUCAGAUGUGGUCCUUGAGCCAUAUCGCAAAGGUGUGAUGGAGAAGCUUGGCCUUGGUCCACAGGUGUUGUUUAAGGAGAAUCCUCGUCUGAUCUAUGCUCGGUUGACUGGCUAUGGACAGAGUGGAUCAUAUGCUACCAGUGCCGGACAUGAUAUCAACUAUCUAGCCAUGUCAGGUCUUCUAUCCAAACUAGGUCGCAGUGAUGAUAAGCCCUUUGCGCCAUCGAACUUGGUAGCAGACUUUGCAGGUGGUGGUCUGUCCUGUGCUCUUGGUAUAGUCCUAGCAUUGCUAGAAAGAACGACAUCAGGAAAAGGACAGAUCAUUGAUGCUAGCAUGGUAGAAGGAGCAGCAUAUGUGGGUUCAUUCAUAUGGAAAUCUCGUCGCAUUGGAAUGUGGGACCGUUGUCGGGGCAAGAAUAUGUUAGAUGGUGGAGCGCCAUUCUAUGAUACAUAUCAGACCUCUGAUGGAAAAUACAUGGCUGUAGGAGCCGUAGAACAACAAUUUUACAAAAAGCUCCUCAAAGGUUUGGGGUUGGACACUGCAGACUUGCCUCCUCAGAUGAGUUUCAAUGAUUGGCCAGAGCUCAGGCAUGCCUUCACGAAGUGUUUUGCCUCUAAAACCCAGGAAGAGUGGUCAAGGAUUUUUGAAGGAACUGAUGCCUGUGUUACACCGGUAUUAUCUUUUGACGAAGUGAGCUCCCAUCCUCAUAACCACGAAAGAGGCUCAUUCAUCAAGGACCUCCAAGGCGAGGAAAGCCCUCGGCCAGCCCCAGUCCUGUCUCGCACCCCAGCAGAACCAUGCCUGUCUCUUGAUCCUAUUAUUGGGGAGCAUACACAGCUAGUGCUGGAAGAGCAUGGGUUUACAAAAGCAGAGAUAGACCAGAUGCGAGCAGCAGGCGUUAUAGAGUGUAAUGCUGCUAAGGCGAAGCUGUAGAGGACAGUUGAUAAAAUUUCUAACUCGAAGGUGGUACAAGUGGAAAAAUAUUUGGGGUUGAGGUUCUUAAUAAGUCAGUACCAGGACCACCAACAAUAACUGGUUUAGACAACAGUACGCAAAAGGUAAAGCCUGAUGAUAUGUAUGUUUGAGCUCCUACAGCAGUUAAGGAAUAGUCUAAGUCUGUCUUUGGAACAAACAGCUAUUGCUUGUUAUGGUCUAUUUUGCUCGGUGGUAAUUGUAUUUAAUUUGUUUUCUGUAUCAACAUCAAUGACGUUUGUGUUAAAGUAGAUCUAAUUUUACUUUUUACUCCUCGAUGUGAAUCCAUGCAAGCAUGCUCUUUCUAAACCUGUGCCGUUAGCAGGCUUGGCAUGGAACACAGGGAAUUUGUAUGCUAAUGUGUCAUGGACAGAGUUAAUCUGCAGGUGAAGUUAAGGUUCUCCACCUACAAAGGCAAUAAGUCCGACCAUGCAAGCAUUCCAAAUUACACCCUGAAAAUAGUAUCAAAGUUAUUAUAUUUUCUCUGUGUAAAAGUAACAAUCAAAUGUAUUAUCAGAGGAGACAGGUUGCUGUUAUUUUUACAUCUGUGAUCUUAUUUUGGGCAUUGUGAUUUUUGAUAAUCUAUAAUCUGCUUUGUUUUUUUUAUUUCAUCCAUUUCCAGCAACCUAGUAAGGGCUUCUUUUGGAUUUUUUCAAAUAUUGGAUCUCUUGGGCUGCUGACAUGAGACCCCUAGUUAUUAUCAAUAAACUUUAUUGGUUUUAAUCUGAAAUUUUUAUGUAUUUACAGUAAAGC